AUGCUUCGCUCAACAUUCCGAACAUCACAAGCUGUCCAUUCUCAGUUACUGCGUGCUUCGUGCUCCAGAAAGUUGGCGGUCACCCGAUCGUUUGCUUCGGCCAGACCUCCGUCGCCUUCUUCACGCACAAGCUUGACUUCUCAAGUGCAGCAGAAAAAGUGGGAGGAAUUGACUAUUCCGCAGAAAACGGUGGCAGCGACCAAGGCAACGGUGAAUGUGGGAUUCGUUCUUGGAGGGUUUGCAUUGACGGCCACCCUAUUGUAUCUGGCUUUCAAUGAACUGUUUGGUUCACAGAGCAGCACCAGUAUUUUCAAUGCGGCCGUAGAUCGAAUCAAGUCACACGAAAAGCUGGUAGAAAUCUUGGGAGAGCCGGUGAUUGGACAUGGUGAACCUAGUCGCAGUCGAGCUCGACGCAAUCGACGCGUGCAGUAUCAAAUUGUGGAUGAUCACGAAGGCAAACCGCACUUGUUUAUGCGAUUCUAUGUCGAGGGACCCAACAGCACAGGAACUUGCUUGCUGGAAAUGAUCAAGGAUGACAAGGACAAGUGGCAGUACAAGCAAUUCUUUGCAGAUGUGCCAGGACAAGGUUUACCAUCAAGACGUUUUUACUUGGAACAAGCAUAA